UAAAUGACCCAUCAAGUGUAAACCUGUUGGCCGCCCGAAUUCCCUUUUGUGUAUGAGGGUGAAGCACCAGAAGUUGUACACACGCCAUUCAGUGCAAAUCAUCCAAAGCUGUACCCCCAAACAUAGCCAAUCCAGACAAGCCAACCUAAGCGAGCCGAAAUGUGGAGUCUCUUCCCCGAACAAACCACCGUUCUCUCGGGCCUUCCGAAGUCUUGUGCCCCCCUGAUAGCCAGCAUUAAAAUAUGAAGCAGGCCGUCCAAGAUCUCAUCAAAGGUUUGAGAUGGAGGUAUUCUUAGUCAAAGAAGAGGGGUUUCGCUUCAACAUCGUGCUGGUACUGCUUACUCAGACUCGCCCCAUAUCGCACAAAGGUCUCCUGACAUCGCGGGGCAGCUUAGGUAUCAGCUCAAAACUCCGACUUCAAGGUGAGAUCUAUCUGGCAUCCUACCGCCCGAGCAGACCAACUACUACAUAUGGCACCUUACCGUCUAAUCCACAAUCCGUUACCGGUACCGCACUAAUAAUCGAUUUGCACCAAGUGAAAAGAGUUGUCAGAAACUCGGGGUUAUUCUUAUGUAUAAUCCGCUUCCCAGCUAGGCUUAGGCGUCUGGAGCCCCUUGUCGUCGUUUGAAUUUAAAAAAACCGCUAUAGUCCGCCGGAUGUACGCUGGUUCUCACAUGGUUACCCUUCUUAUUUUUAACUCGGAUUCUUUCUUUACUUGACCCUUCAUAUCCUACACACUGACCCCAACAGACCGUCUUUCAACCAUGGGCGUUCCCGAAAAACGAAAGGCCGAGUCGCCAUUGUCCGAUGCUGCGGCUUCGCCUAAGCCAACAGCCCCUGGUCCCUCCUCUCCUGGUCCCAAGGAAAACUCACCUACUCAUGCCUUGUCCUCUCCUAGAUCUGAGGGAAGGUCACCAACACCCGCUCCUGAAACUCCAGCGCCCGAAUUGCCUGGCGUCAUGUCCGGUGCACAUUGGCUUCAGCAAGGUCUUCCUGAGACCGACACAGAUGACAAGGAUUCAACUCUAGGAAGUGAUGUUGAAAGCUCGACUGCCUCGAUUUCAUCGAGUAUUCUCAACUACCGCACCAUCAACGGCCGAACCUACCAUAGUGAUUCGGUGACAGACGGAGAAUACUGGGCUCCCAAUGAUCAAAAGAUGCUUGGAGCCCUAGAGAUCUACUAUCACUCCCUCUUUCUUAUGACGGACAAGCAGCUUUUUCAAGCCCCUCUCAAGGACAACAUUCAGCAUGCCAUUGAUAUCGGUACUGGCGAAGGAUUCUGGGCAAUCGACUUUGCCGACAAAUUCCCCUACUGCGAUGUGGUCGGUACGGAUAUUUCGCCAAUCCAGCCCACUUGGACCCCGCCAAAUUUGCGCUUCGAGAUUGAUGAUGCGACCAAGGAAUGGACUUUCAAGGAAAACUUUUUCGACUAUAUCCACAUCUCGUUCCUCAACGGCGCUAUUGAAGACUGGGGAAACUUGUACAAAAAUGCCUAUCGGUGCUGCAAGCCUGGCGGUUGGAUUGAGCACUUUGAUUGUUCUCCCAUCGUCUCGUGUGAUGACGAAACCCUUCCUCCCGAUUCUGCGUUGGCCACGUACGGAAAAAUCCUGGACGAGGCUGGAAGGCGAAUCGGUAGGAGUUUGACCAUCGCUCAUGAUGGAACCCAAGAGCCCGGUUUAAAGGAGGCGGGAUUUGUGAACCUCCAUACGAAGCAGUGGAAGCAACCCUUGUCUCCCUGGCCAAAAGACCCCAAGCAAAAGGAAAUAGGCCUCUACACCUACGCUGCUGUCACAUCAGACCUUGAGGGUGUCAUCCAAUUCCUCUUCCAUAAAGUCAUGGGCUGGUCGACGGAGGAAGUCGCGGUAUUUGCGGCGCACAUGCGUCAAGAGAUGAAGGAGCAGAAGAUCCACGGCUACUGGACCUGGAAGGUUGUGUAUGGGCAAAAGCCGGAGGACGCGGAGUGAAGAAGGUAAACAAAAAAUGGUGGUGAAUGGAGAUUUCUGGGUGACUGUGUAAGAUGUUCCAGAGGAUGAUAGUCCAAUGCAAAGAACGCGCUGUUAAUGAUGUGAAGAUCAAAUUAAA